AUUGUGGGACCGGAAGAGCGACCCUCGGACAGCUCUGUGUUAUUAUAGCUUACGUAUUAUUGCUUGUAUUUUAUAAAAAAAAAAUAGUUUUAUUCUGAAAAAUUCGGCGGAAUUUGCGGGUAUAUUUCCUCCACUUUGACACCGUCGCCGUUUUCACGUCUCCAACAAGCAAGACGUCAAGAGCCGCUCAGCGGAUCCAGUCAGCGGGAAGCGCGUCUGCUUGUUUUUAAAGACUGCCUGAAGUUCUGCCAUGCCUGUGGCCUCCACCAGGACAGAGCCUGUUCCCCAGGGGUUGGACACAAUGAGUGACAGCACCACCAGCUCCACCAUUGCCAAUGACCUGGACCUCAUCUACCUCAAAGGCAUCAUGGAAAGCCCUUUGGAACAAGAGGAGAGCCCAAAGGAGCCCCGGUUGUCACCAGUGAGGGAGAACAAUGUCGAGCUUCUGCAGGAGAUCCUCAGAGAUCUGGACCCGUUCACACAGCGCUCUGACACAGCAGCUGAGCUCGCCCACAUUCUCACACAGCCUCAUUUCCAGUCUCUUUUGGAGACUCAUGACUCAGUUGCCUCCCAGGCAUGUGAUAGCCAGCCUCCCAGCCCGUGUGAUUACGUUGAUCAUGAACAAGAAGACAGCCAGGCUACUAAUCCCACCCUGCCCUCUGAUGCUAUACGCAUGGUUGGCAUACGUAAAGUAGCCGGAGAACAUCUGGGAGUGACGUUCAAGGUUGAAGGUGGAGAGCUGGUGAUAGCCCGCAUCCUUCAUGGUGGGAUCAUAGACCAGCAAGGCCUGCUGCACGUAGGAGACGUCAUCAAAGAGGUGAACGGGCGAGACGUGAGCCAGGACCCCAGAGUGUUGCUGGAGGAGCUGCAGGCAGCCAGUGGGAUUGUUGUACUGAAGAUCCUGCCCAGUUACCAUGAGACCAUCCCACCAAGACAGGUGUUUUUCAAGUGUCACUAUGACUACGACCCAUCCAAUGACACCCUGAUCCCCUGUAAGGAAGCAGGCCUAAGGUUUGAAACUGGAGACAUCCUUCAGAUAGUCAACCAAGACGAUGUCAACUGGUGGCAGGCCCGUCAUGUGGAGGGUGGAAGUGCAGGGCUGAUCCCCAGUCAGAUGUUGGAGGAGAAAAGGAAAGCUUUUGUGAGGAAGGAUGUGGAGCUGGCGCCUGCAGGAAAUCUUUGCACUGGUCUGGGAGUAAAGAAGAAGAAGAAGAUGAUGUAUGUGACCACAAAAAAUGCAGAGUUUGACCGACAUGAAAUCCUGCUGUAUGAGGAGGUGGCAAAGGUCCCACCAUUCAAAAGGAAAACCCUGGUUCUGAUUGGAGCUCAGGGCGUCGGGAGGCGUCGGCUAAAAGCCAAGCUUCUGCUCAGAGAUCCUCAACUUUUUGGCACCACCAUCCCAUACACGUCCAGGAAGCCUAAAAAGGGUGAACGUGAGAGUCGAAUGUACGCUUUCACAAGUCGCUCCAAGAUGGAGGCCGACAUCAAGAAUGGGCGUUACCUUGAAUAUGGAGAGUAUGAAGGCAACCUGUAUGGGCUGAAGGUGGACUCGAUACACGAGGUGGUGGAGGCAGGACGAGUCUGCAUAUUGGACGCCAACCCCCAGUCUCUGAAAGUGCUGCGGACGUCAGAGUUCCUUCCCUAUGUGGUGUUCCUUCAGUCUCCUGACUUCGAGGUGCUACAGGCGAUGAAUCGCUCAGCUGUGGAGGCGGGGGUGGUCACCAAGACCCUGACGGACGAAGAGCUGCACAGGACAUGUGAUGAGAGCGCCAAAAUAAAAGCAGCUUUUGGUCACUUCUUUGACCUGACCAUCAUCAAUGACAACCUUGAUGAGACCUAUCGCACUGUCAAAGCUGCCCUGGAAACGGUUUCCAAAAACCCACAAUGGGUCCCGGUUACCUGGGUGUUCUAAGGACCAGGAAAACCGACUGCAUUUCUCAGUACUCAUAUUUAGAUUGUUCUCAGUUCCAACAGAAGAAUUGUGUUAGCAUUAGACUGGAUUAGACCUCUGUAACUAAAGCUCCACCAAACAGCUAGGACUUUGUGUGUGAAUAUAGUGACAGUCUCAAUGUGGGGACUGGGGAUCCCUUCAAUACCAGAAGUUGAUUCUGUUGGAAAAUGUCUCCUCAGAAAAACUGUGUAUGUGCAUGCAUGUGCAUGUCUCUGCUAUCCUGAAGACUUCAACAUUUUGUAGAUUUACAUCUUACUUCUGAACAUCAGCAGAUCGUACCGUUGGUUACGUUUCACAAAGGAGCUCAGACCUUCACAAAGGGUCAGAAUGUCACCAUGUGCCAAACGAUUCAUUUCAGACAGAAAAUGAAUCUUCCCAAACUAGAAUAAAUAUUUUUAUACUUUCUGUUUAAAAUGUUUUGACACUCAGCCAAAAUAAUGUAAGAAAGUUAAUUCAGAUUUUUUUUAAACGUAUCUUUUUUUUUUUUAAAUCCCCACCUUAAAGGGCCAUGUCACGUACUAUGCCUAUAAAAAAAAACACCAAAACCAUCUAUGCUUAUUAAAAUAAAGCAAUAUAUUCCUAUUGUUCCCAAUCAUAGUGUUUACUUAGUCCUUUUUUGACUCCAAAGGAAUAAUUUGG